AUGGUAGAAGAGGCAAAAGGGCCAAUAUACAAUAUGCUUAGAAUAAAUAAAUGCAGCGGCAGGACAGCUCUCUCUAUGGUUUUGAUGAGAGUGCAAUGUCGUAAUCUCACGAGUACCUCAUCGUUAUUACAACAAUUACAAACUCCCGAGGAAAUCAUGAUCACCAAAAAACUACAGGACGCCCUCAGCCCCAAGUUGGUGAAAGUGCAAGAUAUCUCCGGCGGGUGCGGUUCUAUGUUUUCAAUUAAUGUUACUAGUGAUAAAUUUAAUACCUUAACUACUGUUAAGCAACACAAAAUGAUUAAUGAGAUCUUGAGGGAGGAUAUUCCUAGAUGGCAUGGAUUACAAUUACAAACUAAAAAGGAUACAUCCAAAUGA